UUCAUGCAUGUUUGGUCAUGUUUUUGCCCACUUGAUUUCAUUUUAAUAAAUUUCUUUCUAUCAUGUAAAGAAAUGUAAACUUUGGUUCAAAAACCAGUUCGAGUGUUUAAGAACAUUAUUUGUGCUUUUUUAGCUGCCAAAGGUGAAACUGGUGCGAUUUUUAAAGGAACUGCAAUUGCAGGCACUGGGAAGUAAAAACAAAAGAAGAUAUUUAAUUAAGUCUUGGAAAGACGGAAGAAAUAAAAUUAAGGAAAGAUGAACUCCGGAGAUGGCUGUGGAGCGAAUCGCGAGCUGCCGUCAACGUCGAAACGGCAAUCCGAAGAUUCGGAGGAAGAACCUCCCAGGAAAAGAGUGGAAGCUUGUCACGACGCAUCUGGGGAAAUGAAACUCCAUCGCGCCAUCCGAUGCAGUGACCGGUGCGCAACUCUGGCAAUCUCAACGGCCGAACCGAAAGACUUUGGCAUGCAAGAUGAGCGAGGGCGGACCGCCUUGCAUGAGGCCGUCUAUUGGAGAUCUGCAGAAGUUGUGAAAAUGUUGCUGGCAGCUUGGUCCAGCAGCCACCUCGGAGCCACACACCCUCUUCUCGAGAUACAGGACAAUGAAGGGCGGACCGCCUUACAUGUGGCUGUUUAUCGUGUGCGCCUCGAAGUGGUCGAAAUGUUGCUCGCAGCUCGCACUGACAUUAAUCCCAGAGACGCCAACGGACGAAAGCCCCUCAUACACAUACAGAACAAGAAGGGGAGGACGGCCUUGCACGAGGCGGCAUGUGACUUUGGUGGAGCGGAGAUGGUGGCAGUGCUGCUGGCUGCAGGGGCUAAUACGCAUCUUCAGGACAAGUGGGGCCAGACUGCGCUUCACGUCGCCAUCAACUCACGCAAGAAGGAGAUUGCAGAAGUCAUCUGCGAUGCCGACGAUAGAAACGUUCUUCGGGAUCACUGUGGACGGACAGUGUUGCAUUUUGCUGCGGAACGUGGAAUGCAAACUAUUGUGAGAAAACUCCUGUCUUCGGGACCUCUUCGGAAAACUCUUCGUUCGGGAAAGGAAUCGACUUCGAAUGCGGCGGAAGGGGAAGGAAUUGCUCUCUCGGCGAGCAAGGAGGACCUGGUCGACGUACGGGACAACUACGGAAUGACUGCCCUACACCUGGCUGCACAACGUGGCUUCACAGAGAUUGUUGAACUGCUGCUCGCAGCAGGGACAGAUCCCCUUCUUCAGACUAAAGAAGGCAGAACGGCGCUCCACUUGGCUAUCGAUUGUUACCGGGAGGACAUUGCGGAAAUCUUAUGUGGUGCUGAGGAGGGAAACCACCUGCAGGAUCAAAACGGAAGGACCGCCUUGCAUUACGCUGCGAGUGAAAAAUCCAAACGUACUGUGAGAAACCUGUUGUUUAACGGCGAGCAUCCUCACACGAUGGAUAACGGAGGAAGUUCUCCUCUGCAGUUGGCCUUCGUAGUCAACGGGGACAAUAGCGUGGCUGAGAUGAUCAUUUCUUUUAUUGCCUGGAAGGACAUUUCGGUGGAUUGGAAGAAUUGGAAUGCCCGUAGAGUCGAGAUCUUUAAGAAACGAAUGGAAGAAUGUCUUUCGGAGAUCCGGCGAAUGAAAGAGACGAAAGUGCUCCGUCGCAAUAUCACCUAUUACGAUGUUGCGGCGAGGCACGUGGGGAAGGUGGCCGACUAUCUGGAGAGCCCGGAGUUCCGGGAUGCGUUGCUGGGGGGUGGUUUUGCGCGGGACUUCCCCAAUUAUGCAGACUUCAUCGACUUCAAAGUGAAGAAGGCUGAAAGGAGGAGAAUCUUGAGGGCUCCCUGCCUGAAAUGCUUUGAGACGUUGUUCGGGAGUCUCCCUCCUUUGCCGGGAACGAUCCUGUACGACAUAUUAGCCUAUUUGAGUGAACGAGAUAUGCAGAACGUCCUCGCAGCUUUUAACUGUGAUGUGCCUGACCGGAGGGCUUUUGAAGCUAGUGGAGCUGUCCUCUCAUAG